GAAAAUUGCACUAGAUCUAAUUCUAUGUAAUCCAAGAAAAUUGGAGGAGUGAUGUAAUUAGGUAGAUUGUUGGCUAUUUUUUUCUAUGCCAUCAAGAAAAUGAGAAAAUGCAUAAAUUGUGAAAACGCACAAGUCACCAGUUUCAACUUAGUUUAUAAAUUCUUGCGUUAGCCUACAGAACAUGUAAACGACAAUAUUCGUUCCUUUUUAAAGGGCCAAAUAUAUCAAUCUUUAUAAAAAGGGACUAAAUUAUUUGAAGAUAGUUAUCUUGAAAUCAAGAGGGUGUAUACAUUAAUCUUUGCAAUAUAAUUUUGUGUGGUAAUACUAUUGCACAUUAUCCAACAGUGCCUCCUAAGACACAAAAUGACCUUUGAUACUCGUGGUCGCCAAACCAGUGGCAGUGCUAACACUGACAAUGCUUCCAGCGGUAACAAUUCUUCUCUUUCGACGGGCGCAGCUGCUGAACAGCCACCAACGUCUAUUUUGGAUGCAUCGAGCGGAGGCGAUAGUAACACUGCAACAUCAGAUAACAUAACACCGGAUAAGCUAAUAAAUUCAUUUCCAAUGGUAAAAUUAAUAACAUUAACACAAAAAAUAUCAAAUCCACGUUGGGUUGUACCAGUAUUGCCAGAACAAGAGCUGGAGAUUUUACUGAAUGCUGCCAUAUCUUUAACUCAAGCAGGAGUAGAUCACGAUUGUGAAGCUUGUGUUGAUUUUUAUCGAAAUGCAUUGACCACGUCAUUUGCAAAAAUUCUAACUGAUGAAGCAGUUAACUCAUGGAAGUAUAAUAUUCAUCAUUGUAUUCUAAUGUCAUGUGGAAAACUUUUGCAUUUAAUUGCAAUUCAUAUGCAACGUGAUAAUCCAUAUUUAUUGGAUUUACUUGCAAUUGUCUUUGAUCCAGAUAACAAAUUUAACACAUUUAACGCUGCACGUCAACCGGAAUGUUUUACACCCCCUGAUUACAUAUGGGGAGUGCUUGAUGGUAACAAAAUGUUUGCAAAGCCCCCACCAGAGCCGAAAAUUCCCCGGGGGUGGCUUGUUGAUUUGAUAAACUAUUUUGGGCAGCUAGGUGGUUUCGAUAAUUUGUUGGAGCGAUUUAAUAGCGGCUUACAGCUGCUUAAGAAAAACGCAGAUUCAGGUGAAGAAAUAUCAUCUUCUAUUUUGUCACCUUUAAACACAACAAAUAAAACUUUGAAUUCGAAUGUUGAUAAUCACGACAAUAAAUUAACCCUCGCCUUGAUAUAUAGUCUUUUACGACCAUUUGGGCAGUGUUAUGAACUGCUAACCCCAGCCACUAUAUCAAAAUACUUUAUGCCAAUCUGGAAUGUGGUGCUUGAUUUACUAGACAGUUUUACUGAUGAUGAACUAAAACGCGAAGCAAAACCGGAAGGAAGAAACGACUAUAUAAAUGGCAUUGUGAAAUCAGCAAGAUUUUUGGCUAGUCGAUUGCCGGGACAAGAUGACCUUAUACGUGAUUUAGAAAUGUUUCGACUUAAAAUGAUACUACGACUUUUGCAAGUGUCUAGUUUUAAUGGGAAAAUGAAUGCUUUAAACGAAAUAAAUAAAGUCUUGACGUCUGUUUCAUUCUACUCACACAGAUCCCAACAAAUGCCUCAUUGCUUACCCGAUGAUGAAAUGGAUUGGCUAACAGCUGAACGAAUGGCUGCGUGGAUAAAAGAGUCGAAUGUUCUUGGAAUCGUCCUUAAAGACUCAUUACAUCAACCACAAUAUGUUGAAAAACUUGAAAAAAUAAUACGCUUUCUUAUUAAAGAACAGGCUUUGACUUUAGAAGACUUAGAUGCUGUUUGGCGAGCACAAGCUGGAAAACAUGAAGCAAUUGUUAAAAAUGUCCAUGACCUAUUGGCUAAACUUGCAUGGGAUUUUACUCCAGAACAGUUAGAUCAUUUAUUUGAAUCAUUUCAGGCAAGUAUGACAACAGCAAAUAAACGGCAGCGUGAGCGUUUAUUAGAACUAAUACGACGUCUUGCUGAGGAUGAUAAAAAUGGUGUUAUGGCGCAGAAAGUUCUUAGGCUUUUCUGGUCUUUAGCUCAUAGUUCUGAGGUUUCACAUGAAGUAUUAGAUCAGUCGUUGGCGGCACAUGUUAAAAUACUUGACUACAGUUGCUCACAGGAACGAGAUGCGCAAAAAGUUGUAUGGCUAGAUAAAUGUGUUGCUGAGCUAAAAUCUGGCGAUUCAUGGGUAUUACCAGCUUUACGAAUGAUUCGUGACAUAUGCUGCCUUUAUGAUUCUUCACAAAGUCAUGCACCACGUUCACAACAAGCUCUAAGUCGUCAACAAGUUAUUGAACGACUUCAGAAUGAUUAUUCGUUGGUAAUUGUAGUAACAAAUAGUUUAACCACCUACAUGGAUAAGAUACGUGUUAUUAAAAACGAGAAACCAAAUAUGGAUCCAAAAUAUGUGUGCAUUGAUGGGCGAUAUUGUCAUAAUUCACAAAUACAAGAGCGGUUAGAUUUUUUAAAGUUUUUGCUUAAAGACGGGCAGUUAUGGUUAUGUGCAGAUCAGUUCUUUUCGUUUCAGGCUAAACAAAUUUGGCACUGUUUAGCUGUAAAUGCAGUGUUUUCUUCUGAUCGAGAGGAGUGUUUCCGCUGGUUCGGCAAAUUAAUGGGAGAAGAACCAGAUUUAGAUCCUGGCAUUAAUAAAGACUUUUUCGAAAGUAAUAUACUUCAUUUAGAUCCACACUUAUUAACAGAAAGUGGCAUUAAGUGUUUUGAGCGCUUCUUUAAAGCUGUUAAUUCGAAGGAAGACAAACUAAAGUCAAAUCAUCGUGGUUAUAUACUUGAUAAUGAAGACUUAAUAGGUAAAGAUUAUUUGUGGCGAGUCAUUACAACUGGUGGAGAAGAUAUAGCAAGCAAAGCUAUUGAUUUAUUAAAAGAAGUUUCAACGGCUCUUGGUCCACGAUUACAGGAAAAAAUUUCCGAUUUCCAUAAGAUUUUUGUAGGUGAAUGUAGUGAACGAAUGCGCACACUUUAUAGUCAUAUAUUAAUACUAAGCAAAACAAUUGGCAGUCACUCACUUACAGACGAAAAUGAUACUAAUCAGGCCGAUACUGCAGUAUCAAAAGAUAUAGAAAACCGCUUAAGUGAAGCUGAAAAAUUAUGUCGGAUACUUAAAGUAUUACAAGAGUACAUAAAAGAAUGUGAUCGUUCCUUUAACGGCGAUCGAUGUCUUCUCCCACUUAAUCGUUAUACACGUGGUAAACAAUUAAUUGUUUUCAUUCGUUUUCAAAACCCUGGUCGUCCUAUUGAUGAUAUCGAAAUUAUGACACACGCCAAUGAAUCUGUUGCUGCAUUUAAAAGGAAUAUAUUAAAGCGAAUUAAAGGGACUUCGACUGCGAAUAUUAAAGUAGAUUUUUAUCAUAACAAUGGCGAACUUAUGGAAAUACAGGAUGACCUUAAUACACUUGCGAAAAGUAACUUCCGGGAUAAAAUUGUUAUUACUGCUAAACUAACACCCGUCGGUACUGGUUUAGCUAGUAGUCCAGAUUCAUCAAGCGAUUCAAGUACAGGAUCUCCACCACGUCCAUGCCCAGAUAUGCAACGCGUUGAAUCAGAAAAUACGUUACCUGGUGUAAUAAUAUCAGCUAAUUACCAUUAUGUAGAAUUCUUUCUAAAACUUUAUCAGCUAGGCAGUGAUUUAGAGCAUAACAAAUUACGGGAAAGUGCAAAAACGCUGCUAUUCUUAUUACCUCCAGACACACACACUGUAAAAAUGCUACAAAUACUGUGUAGAGUACCUGGAGUAAAUAACAGUUCUAAUAAAGCAGAGACUGAGGUCGGCACUACUCAAAAUACAUCCUGUUUUGAUGAACAGAUUAUUUCGCAAGAAUGGACAAAUGAUAUGGUACUUUUACAUUCUUCACCAGCUAAUGUAUUAUAUAAUUUGAGUGUUUUAAAUGCGAUAUUAAUACCUGCAAUUGAUCCUUUUAAUGAAACAUCUCAAUUAGUUCAAUCGUCAUGGCUGCAUUCUGGUUGCGCACAUUUUGUAAUUGAUUUGUUAACAAAAAAUAAUUUUCUUACAAAUACGGAUAUGCACACCAAGCGCGAGGCCUUCCAAUAUGUGCUACGAUUAUCUAAAUUAUUUUUUUAUGCAAUGGCAUCUGUUCUGUCGCGUGUCGGCGACGAACCCAUGAUGUGUUCAUAUGAUGUUGGUACACGUUCAAAAGUUGAUAUACUUAAACAAAUGCUCACGUCUAUUCCUAAUGUUGUUGAAGCUGUUGUACGUGAUAUAGGUGCUAAAGUAUCAGAAAGUUUAGCUGCACAAAUGCUCUCAGGUGAAGGAGAGCACUGUAGAAUGCUAUUCAGUUCAACUUUACAGUGGACAUGUCCUGAUAUUUCAACAAUAAAAGCUGUGGUACAGUUAGCUUGGGCUGCAUCAUGUGGAUGUCUAGACUUUCUAGGUGUAAAAAAUGACUUCACUGAAGAUGUAAAUUUACCUGAAGAGAAUGAUAUACUCCUAUGUAAGGAAGCUUUAGAAGUGCUGACUAUUGCUUUAGUACUAAAUCCAAGUGCUAAUGAAGCGCUUAAUAAUGAUUUACUUUGGUCUAAAUUUAUAUCAUCUUUAGUGUUAAAAAACAAAUCACGUGAGGUACGUAAAUGUUCAGCAGAACAGCUGUUCUUUAUGUGCACAUAUUGUGCAGGUGAUAGACGUCCCUUUACCUUUAUGGUGAACUUAUUAAUUAAUUCAUUAAAAUCUUUGGUGCCACAUCAUGAAUCUACAUGUGCAGAAUAUUUUCAACUUUUAUGUCGAACACUAUCUUACGGUUGUGUUUAUAAUUUUCCACUUAAUGUCAGUGAUAGUUUGCUUUCUGACGAAAUUAAAUGGCUCCAAAAAGUACGCAAAAACGUAGCAAUCACAGGCGAUAUACAAGUACAUGAGGAUCUUUUGGAAGGGCAUCUUUGUCUAACUAAAGAAUUAAUGAUAUUUCUAUCACCAGAAACUAAAGUAGCACUACAUGAUAUGAUACUUGAAUUAGUAGAUGAUUUUCUUUUUACUGCGUCAAGAGAAUAUUUACAUUUACGAAAAUCUGGAAAGCUACGAAAUGAUACAGCUCCACCACCCGUUUGUCGCAGUCCGCAUACAGUCGCUGCGGCAUGCGAAACAUUAGCUGCGUUAUGUCAAGGUUGUGUUUCUAAUAUGAAGCUUCUAGUUAACACAAUAAUAGAUUUUGUAUGUUCAGAAACAGAUCCAAUUCGUGAUUGGGAUUAUCUACCACCCGUAGGAGCCAGACCUUUAAAUAGUUUCUGCGGUCUUAAGAACGCUGGCGCUACUUGCUAUAUGAAUUCGGUUUUGCAGCAGUUAUUCAUGGUACCAGCAGUGCGUUUAGGAAUACUUAAAGCAGAAGGUGCUGCAACAAAUGAAAAUGAAGACUUCAGUGGUGAACCAGAAGGGUUUACAAGUGCUGGAACUUUAUAUGCAAGUUACGACAGUAAUGAUGUACGAAAUAAUUAUCAUGUUAAUAUACUAAAGCAUGUGCAAGCGAUUUUUGCACAUUUGGGUCAUAGUGCUUUGCAAUACUAUGUGCCUCGAGGUCUUUGGAUGCAUUUUAAAUUGCAAGGGGAACCAGUAAAUUUACGGGAACAACAAGAUGCGGUGGAGUUUUUCAUGUCCUUAUUUGAGAGCCUUGAUGAAGGCUUAAAAGCUUUAGGUUUUCCGCAACUUAUGAAUGCAACACUUGGUGGCUCAUUUAGUGAUCAGAAAAUAUGCCAAGAAUGUCCACAUCGUUAUUCGAAAGAGGAGCCUUUCAGUGUAUUUAGUGUUGAUAUCCGAAAUCAUAGUUCCUUAACGGAAUCUUUGGAACAGUAUGUUAAAGGAGAAUUGUUGGAAGGAGCUGAUGCUUAUCAUUGUGAUAAAUGUGAUAAAAAAGUCGUAACAGUUAAAAGAUUAUGUGUUAAAAAAUUGCCACCUGUAUUGGCCAUACAACUAAAACGAUUUGAAUAUGAUUAUGAAAGAGUUUGUGCUAUUAAGUUUAAUGACUAUUUUGAAUUUCCGCGCGUUUUGGAUAUGGAGCCUUACACUGUUUCUGGCUUGGCUAAGCUCGAAGGAGAAGUUAUUGAAAUUGGUGAUAAUUGUUCAUCAAAUGGUGAAACUACAAAAUAUGAGUUAACAGGAAUAGUAGUUCAUAGCGGGCAAGCAUCUGGUGGUCAUUAUUUUAGUUAUAUACGUUACAGAAAUCCAGGUAAUGAAACUGAUCAAUGGUAUAAGUUUGAUGAUGGCGAAGUGAGUGAAUGCAAAAUGAACGAAGACGAUGAGAUGAAAUCCCAAUGUUUUGGAGGCGAUUAUAUGGGCGAAAUAUAUGAUAACAACUUAAAACGCAUGCAAUAUAGACGACAAAAACGCUGGUGGAAUGCCUACAUGUUAUUUUAUACAAGGUGUGAUCAAAAAUCUUUACCAUUUAUUAAAACUGUUGAACAGUUAUCGUUGGCGGAAAGUAAAAAUUUUGUACUUCCUUUACCAAAGCCAAUUGAAAAAAGUGUACGUCAUCAAAAUAUUCGUUUUUUGCACUCAAAAAGCAUAUUUUCAACAGAGUUUUUCAGUUUUAUCAAGAAAUUAGUUAACAUUACAAUUCCCUCAACAAGACUCGAUAAAAUGAAUCCUACCGCUGAAGAGUUAUCAUUAUUAGGUGUUCAAUUAGCAUCUCAAUUCCUGUUCCAUACUGGUUUUAGAACAAAAAAAUCUCUAAGAGGUCCUGUUAUUGAAUGGUACGAUUCCUUGUCACAUCACAUACGUUAUUCAUCAACAGUUCGCAAAUGGUUUGCGCAAAAUGCUUUACUUAAUCCACCAACACGUUUGGGUGAAUACAUAUUGACAGCUCCGUCUCCUGAAGUUCGCACAAUAUUUAUUAAAUUAGUUGUAUUCUUUUGUCAUUUUGCGAUAACUGACGAUCCUAUACCAAAUUAUGAAGGAAAGAAUUUAUGUGAGCAAGUAAUAAUAAGUGUGUUAAGAUUACUUAAAUGUGAAGUAGCUGAUCACGGCAAACAUUUACCGCACUACUUUAGUUUGUUUAGUAUGUAUGCUGGAUUGGGUAUACAGGAAAAACAACAACUAUUAAAACUAAAUGUACCAGUUAUUUUCAUGCAAGUGGCUUUGGAUGAGGGGCCAGGACCCUCUAUAAAAUAUCAAUAUCCUGAACUUAGUAAAUUACAUCAAGUUGUUUCACAGUUAAUACGUUGUAGUGAUAUAUCUGAUAAGUGUCAAAGUUCAAAUCAAAACGCAAGACCGUUACCAAAUCCAUUUAGAGAUCCAAGUAUGAACCAUGAAGACUUAGCUCCAAUCUCAGCUGAUUGUGUUGAUAUAUUAUUUAGUCGAACAGGUUACAUUAAAAAACUGAUUGAGGACACUAAUGUCGGAGAAGAAGGUUUAAAGUUACUUCAAUAUUGUUGUUGGGAAAAUCCGCACUUUUCAAGAGCGGCACUUACUGAACUACUAUGGCAGUGCGGCUUUGCUUAUUGCCAUGAUAUGCGACAUCAUACUGAACUUUUAUUUCAUAUUCUACUACUUGAAGACUCGUGGCAACACCACCGUAUACAUAAUGCUUUAAAUGGUGUAGCUGAAGAGCGAGAAGGACUGUUAGAUACAAUACAAAGAUCAAAGACACAUUAUCAAAAACGAGCCUACCAAAUAAUAAAAUGCCUUACCAGGCUUUUUAAUAAAUCGCCUGUAGCAUUACAAAUGCUCAAUUCUAACCAAAAUGUGGCAAGAAACUGGAUAAUUGCUGUGGAAUGGCUACAAGAUGAACUUGAGCGACAACGUGGUAUAGGCUGUCAAUAUAAUUCAUAUUCUUGGUCACCACCAGCGCAAAGUAAUGAUAAUACAAAUGGUUAUAUGCUAGAACGUUCACAAUCUGCGAAAAAUACUUGGUCUAUGGCAUAUAACUUAUGUCCAGAAGAGUACACAUUUCCACAGGAGCAAGAAGAAACGAACGAAUCCGAUAACGAACCUAUCGAUGAAGCACUUAAACAACAGCAGCAAGGACAAUGUAACACAGCAGAAUCUGGUGAGAAUGUAGCAGUUAGUCCUUUCCAUAAAGCCCCUGUGGUUGGGCUCGCACCGGAAAAUAUUGGCUCAAUCGAUUGGAAAGCAAAUUCGUUUUCUAAUGCGGAUAAUACUGGAACUGGGUCAAGUAAUAUUACACAAAUAGGAAUUGAUACUCAAUCCGAAUCAAGUAUAAAUGGUGUCAGCAACGCUUUAGGAAAUUUGACUCUUACUCCGAGAACGCAACAAUCAAUGAGUGGUGGCACUGGUGAAACCCCGAAAAACACAAUUGUAGCGGACACGCCUUCAAAUACAGCAAUACUGACUACACAAACAGUUGGAGCGUCAUCUACAGCGCCAGUAACAACACAAAUGAAAACAAAACGAAUAACAUGAAUACACGAUUGUAGCUGCUAAUCUUAAAGAUUAAUAGUAAUGACUGCAUAAUAUAUAUAUAUAUAUAUAUAUAUAUAUAACCGACAAACAACUAUGAUGAAUGCUAUAAAACUAAGAUUAAAACACACGUAUACAUAAUAAGCAAAUAUAAUAAAUUCAACAUAGAUAAACGAAUCAGA